AUGGUGGUUUGCGGGAACGGUGUACACGUGGUGUUAUUGGAUAAUGGUAGACAAUACCCAGUUUUAUUGGAUAAUGGUAGAAAAUACCCAGUGUUAUUGGAUAAUGGUAGACAAUGCCCGGUGUUAUUGGAUAAUGGUAGACAAUGCCCGGUGUUAUUGGAUAAUGGUAGACAAUGCCCGGUGUUAUUGGAUAAUGGUAGAAAAUACCCGGUGUUAUUGGAUAAUGGUAGACAAUGCCCGGUGUUAUUGGAUAAUGGUAGACAAUGCCCGGUGUUAUUGGAUAAUGGUAGAAAAUACCCGGUGUUAUUGGAUAAUGGUAGACAAUGCCCGGUGUUAUUGGAUAAUGGUAGAAAAUACCCGGUGUUAUUGGAUAAUGGUAGACAAUGCCCGGUGUUAUUGGAUAAUGGUAGACAAUGCCCGGUGUUAUUGGAUAAUGGUAGAAAAUGCCCGGUGUUAUUGGAUAAUGGUAGACAAUGCCCGGUGUUAUUGGAUAAUGGUAGAAAAUGCCCGGUGUUAUUGGGAAUUUAG